AUGGCCCAGGUACCACCCGAGCAGAUCAACGCUCAAUUCGGAGGCAAAUCGAACCUCUUCGCUCAAACCGCAAGUGGAUCCAGUGACUCGAAAGAUCAAAAUGCGACUGGAAAUGCCCAACUACCAAAGGGCGUAGUUCUGGACAAGGAUGGCAAGCCCUCAAUCCCCUCAGACUGCCCGCCCGACGUCGAAGCCCUGGGCCGCUCAACCUGGACCCUCCUCCACUCAAUGGCAGCAACAUACCCAGAGAAAGCAGAUACAAAGCAGCAAGAUGAUAUGGGCGGGUUUCUGAAGCUUUUCUCACGACUAUACCCGUGCUGGGUAUGCGCGGAUGAUUUCCAGGGCUGGAUGGCACACCCGAGUGGGAAUAACCGGCCGAAGCUUGGUGGGCGGAAGGAAUUUGGGUGGUGGAUGUGCGAGGCGCAUAACGAGGUGAAUCGGAAGUUGGGGAAGCCGGAGUUUGAUUGUCGGUUUUGGGAGGAGAGGUGGAGGACUGGGUGGAAGGAUGGAAGGUGUGAUUGA